CAGUCGUUUGUGAAUCGCGACGUGAAUCGGUCGAGCGAAAUUUGUAAAAUUGAAUACAAAUUAAACAUUGAGUUGCAUAAAUAUACAAAAGUGAAUAUUAAAAGGCGAACUGUGAACUGUGCUCAAAAGUAAACUUGAAUAUCGAUAGUCGAUUUAACAAAUAAACUUCAAACUGGAUUUUGGAUAAAGCAUAAAUCGGAAUAAAUACAAGUCAUUCUUGGAAGACCAAGAUAGAAAUAUUUACCGGUAGCUCCUAAAUCAUAAUGACAUACAGAGAAAUAGUAAAUGAAUAAAUAGUAAAUAUUCAAAGUAAACAAUGAACAAGCAACUUUAAUACAAAUAUUAAAACUACCUCAGGUUUACAUGGCAAUUGAAGCAAUGCAAACAUUAGCUAAUUAUUACUAAUAUAUAAAGCUAAUAGUGAAGCGACUUUACAGGGAAUACGGAAUGCACUUGCAUUUGCAAACUGCGCACUUACUGAGCUGCAAAUGCAGUCGAGUCGAAAUCCAUUUGCUGUUUUUGCUGCAAUGAAUUUGAAUUGCAAUGAAUGUUUAAUUGAUGUGAAGAGACAGUGAUAAAUGUGAAAUCAACUGAUGAGCUUAACAUAUAUUAGCUGAGCUGAGUUUGUUCGACUGUUAAGCUUAGAUAGCUUGAGAGAUAGAAAGAGAGAGUAAGACAGAGAGAGAGAGAGAGAGAGAGAUGUUGGUGAAGUCGUUUAAACAGGCUUGCUAUAAGUCUCUAAAUUAAAGUAAAUGACAAAUAUAGCUGUAAAUGUUCCUUGCCCAGUUUAAUGCCUAUUGGGUGUCUAUAUAAUAAACAACAAAAGAUAAGGCGCUAAACUGACUUUUCUUUUCGUUGUCGUCAUUCGGAAAGCAAACCGACUGUAAAUAUAUGUGAAAAUCAAUAUGUUAUAAAAUAAAAUAAAAAGUGAGUGCAUCAGGUGAAGAAAAGAAUCCUAUAUAAAUUGUAUAAACUCACAUUGAGUGCAACAAAAUGAAGCUGCAGUCGUUGAGUCUUGUUUUACUGUGCUGCGCGCUGGCUGCACUGCCACAGGCGAGGCCAGCGAACAUUCUGGCUGUGUAUGCCUUCCCAGGCAAAAGCCACUUCAUGAUGCACACGGCGCUGAUAAAGGAGCUCGUGGAGAGCGGACAUAAUGUGACGAUGAUCACGGCCUUUUCGCUGUCCGCUCAGCAGCUCGGCGGCAACUACACGGAGCUGCUCAUCGAACCAGUCUACGACUUUUGGCAUGAUGUGAAGCUUAGCUUUGGCGUGCAGCAUCUGUUCGACCUGACGCAGAUGAAGAACUAUGAUUUCCUCAAGAUGUUGGAGAUUAUUGGACUGAAGACCACGGAGCAUGCGCUACGUCAGCCCAAGGUGCAGGCCUUGAUCAAUGCCCGGCAAACGGAGGGCGUGUUCGAUCUGCUGCUCGCCGAGCAGUUCUACCAGGAGGCCUUCCUGGCGCUGGCCUACAAGUACAACAUACCCAUUGUCACCACCAGCACGCUAGGGUAUGAGAACCAUAUGAGCCAAAUGAUGGGUCUGAUUACGCCGUGGUCCUUUGUGCCGCACGGCUUCAUGCCCUUCACCGACCGCAUGUCCUUCAUGGAGCGAGUGCACAAUACGUACGUCUCGCUCUACGAGGACUUUGAUCGCCUGCUGAGCUACUUUCCCAAAAUGGACGCCAUCACUGAGCGGUACUUUGGUCAAGUUUUGGCUGAAGUGCCCAAGGUCAGGCACAUGGAGACGCAAAUCUCGGUCAUGCUGCUCAACAGUCACGCGCCGCUGACGACGGCACGUCCCACUGUAGACGCCAUGGUGCCAGUGGGCGGCAUGCACAUCUAUCCGCCCAAGCCGCUGCCCGCAGACAUGCAAAGUUUCCUCGAUGCGGCAACAGAUGGCGCCAUCUUCUUUAGCCUGGGCAGCAAUGUGCAGAGCAAAGAGAUGCCCAGAGACAUGCUGCAGCUGUUCCUCAGGGUCUUUGGCUCCAUGAAGCAGCGCAUCCUGUGGAAAUUCGAGGAUGAGUCCAUUGACCAGCUGCCGCCCAACGUCAUGAUACGCAAAUGGCUGCCCCAGGCGGACAUCUUGGCUCACCCCAACGUGAAGGUCUUCAUCACUCACGGCGGCCUCUUUGGCACCCAGGAGGGCGUGCACUACGCCGUGCCCAUGCUGGGCAUGCCCUUCUACUGCGACCAGCAUCUCAACAUGAACAAGGCUGUGCUGGGUGGCUACGGCAUUAGCCUGCACUUCCAGUCCAUCACGGAAGAUCUGCUCCGCGACUCGCUGCUGCAGCUCAUCCACAAUGCCAGCUACGCGGAGAACGUGCAGCGCGUCUCUCGCAUCUUCAGGGAUCGCCCGAUGUCGCCUCGCCGCAGCGCCGUCUACUGGAUCGAGUACGUGAUUCGCCACAAGGGCGCACUUCACAUGCGAUCCGCUGGGCUCGACCUGCGCUGGUAUCAGUUCUAUUUGCUGGAUGUGAUUGCAUUCCUGGGAGUCCUCGCACUGGCCGCCCUCUUCCUGCUCCUGCUGGCCAUACGCCUGCUCCAGGGCAGCGGCAGGAAGCAGAGGAAAGCGAAAACCAAUUAAGUCAAUGAUCCAUUAUAAUUUCUAGCUUUAAUUACUGCUUGGACAGCAGAUUAGUUUUAAUAUAGCUGCAUAUAUAUAUUAUAGUAUAAACUUAUGUAGACACGCUGAUAAGACGAGCGCGUCAGUCAGUCGAUCAUAAAUCACAUCCCUCCCAUUUUCCAUUUGCCAUAAACAUUUUCAAUACCAACAUGAAAAUACCCUGUAAAAAAAAUCUGCACUACUUCUCUUAAUACUUUUAUAAAUUAUCUCUUAAUUCUUUUAUAUUUAAUUCUCUUGAAUUGAUUACAUAUACUAUCGCAAACUAAGUGAGCAGAGUGUGAAAGUACCCUGUAAUCUAUAUUGUUAUAGAAUCUUGUUAUUUUAUGAAACACGAAUUAACCUGUCUAAACAAUUCCUAUUUGAUAAUAUAAUAAGCACUCAACCUGACUUAUAAAUGCCCCGUAAUUGCUUUAUAAUAAAAUUAAAUAAAUAAGUA